AUGGUGGUGGCCGAUGUUGGGCUCAAGGUUUUGGACCUCAUUGGGUCCGAUCAGCUGGUUUUCAGCCCACUUUUUGCUGGUCUUUAUACAUUAAUGGUGGCUCUUGCUGCUGUUGCGUUGGUUUUCAGCCCUUCAUCUGGUUCUUACUUUCAGCUAGUCCUUACGGCUUUUCAGCUGCAUUCUCAACUGGUUUUCUUUCGGCUGCCUGCUGUUCAGCUGCUCUUGUUUAUUGCUGCUGCUUGUUCUUGUCUAGUGCUCCUUCGGUCCAACUUUCUUGCAGCUGCUGUGCUUUCUUUUCUAGCUGGUCUCCAGCUGCCUUUUU